AUGCGCCGCCGCAUGAGUCCAGACAUGCCGCUGUCAGAUCCGGUGGAGACGAGCCCCGGUCCGGGGCGGCCCACGGCCCACACGGCCCACGCGGCCCACGGCCCAAGCGGGGUGUCAAGUCUACCAUUGGUCCCGAUCGCACAGCUGAGCUUGUCGAUGCCUCGCUGCCGCGUGCGAGCGCGAGUGCUCAGCAAGUCAGGAAUUCGAGCCUUUACGAACUCCAGAGGAAGCAGCCAGCUCUUCUCAAUGGAUCUCAUGGACUCCGAUGGGGCCUGCACCAGGGCCACCUGUUUUGGUGUGGCCGUCGACAAGUUUUAUCCUGCCAUUCAAGUGAAGAAGAUCUAUGAGAUCACUGGCGCGUCAGUGAAGCAAGCGAAUCCCAGGUAUUGCCGAUAUCCCAUGGAGCUGACCUUGGACGAGCGUGGUGCCUUUUUGACGGCCUUGCCGGAGGAGUGUGGCACCGAGCGAAGACCAACGAACCCAUCAACUUCAACACCAAAAGUGGCGUGUGUCCGAACCUUGCUAUUGGUGCUUCAUGUCAUCUUUGGUGUUUGA